CAAUCCUUCACCGCUCGGUCCCCGAUGCGGAGGGUAUUCUUUUCUCACGUUGAGGAAUGGACAGACUGCCAAUUUUUUUGUUUGAGAAUGGUCACAUACCUUUGAUCCCCGCUAGGAAAAGGUGGCCCAAAUGCGGGUGCUGUCGUUACUCAUAUUCUUGCUUAUCGGAAAUGCUAGACCGAAUUAUCGCUUUGAAUUCGUUUUGGAUACACGUUUGGAGCGAUCACUCCGUCAUUCUGAACUUCUGGUCUUUGCGUGUAUCGAAGGGCUUGAUCAAGUUUCGGGUACUAGGGGAGCUCUUGUUAACAAGGUUACAACACCUUUUAUCAUUCACGAAGCGGGCUACAGCAUUUCGUCAUGGGGUCACUAAAAGCUUCGCAUAAGCAUAGGGAUCAUCUACCAGCUAUCGGCUUUCUAGGCUACAGAGGGCCUACCACAUCUCCCGCUCCUCUACUUAGCCCAACAGCUAUGUACCCGAAUCAACCUCCCCCUUAUCCCUAUUCAACAGACGCAGGCUUGGGCUAUAUUUCGUCGCCGGAAUCGCGACGCGCCGAAGAUGAGAAAGAGAAACAAGCAACACGACAGUCACUCCCAUCUAUCCAUGAAGCGCUAGGAAAUAAUGACUUUCUCCCAUACCGGCCCCCUCCCACAACAGCUGCCCCUCAACAAACCCAUAGCGCACCACCUCCGCACCACCUCUCGUCGAACCAUGGCGCUCGUUCUAGCGGGGAAGGGCCAUCAGGUUCUUCUAAUCUGUUCUCAAAUGGAGGGUCUUUCCUUCGCGAACCAACACUGUCUCAGCAGUCGCAAUUACAGACAGAAACCCGAUCGAGUCUAGAGUCACUAAAUACACAGGAUUCAAGGAAUGCUUCCGUCCGAUCGCUCAGCUCAGGCAAGCCGCCUACGCAAAGUGCAAGCACUGACAUUACUUCCAUCUCCGGCUCGCAGACAGGAGGACAUAAGUAUAAAGGUCUUGCGGGUAGCGUUGCCUCGCCAACUGGAUACCCCGGUGAUUCCCAACCUUACUCAUUUCAGUCACAGCCUCCACCGGGAACGCCGGUGUAUAUAGCAACAUCAUACGACUCGCGGCCCCAUGCGGGACCACGCGUAUAUAAUGUGAGGGGCGGUUUUUCCGGGCAGGCGUUCCCUGGGCCUUCUUUGGGCGAUUCCGCGACACAUCAUCUCGACGUUUAUGAUAUCGAGGCUUCGCUUAAUGAGAUGGUUGGUUUGACCUCCCGAAUUGUGGACUUCACACGACAUUAUGCGAACGAAGCAUAUCAGUCUCGUUCUGGGCCUGUAAUGAGUCUUUUGCUUUCACUCCAGGAAAUCAAAGACAUGCUCAACAUUCAACGUCGAAAUCACGAUGCUUUGAUGUGUAUAAGAACGGCGCUUCUCAAUAAGGAGUAUGCCAUGGCCGAGCAGAUGGCGCAGAGAAAAGCUGACAAGCCUUGUAGAAUUCGUGGUAAUGACUGCAUGGCGACGCACCAGAAAGACCGUACAAGCGGUAGUGACUUUGACGGACGAGACUCGGAGAAACGGUGCAGCAAAGCCGCUCCUCCUGGUCGAUGCCAUAGUUGUAACCGUGCGGAAACGCCCGAAUGGCGUCGUGGCCCAGACGGUGCCCGGACACUAUGUAAUGCUUGCGGUCUACACUAUGCGAAGUUGACGCGCAAGAUGGGGCGCCAAAAAAUCGGCAGUCUUGGGAUCCAGGCUUAAACCCAAGCCUGCGUUAGACUCUGUAACACCAUGAAGUUAUUGAAAUUUUAAGGGAUGCAUCGUUACGAGGCGUUGAAAAGGGAUUGGGAUCUAGAAGGUUCAGGCGUUCUACGAGCAUAUUAUUUAAUACUGUUGAUGGCAUG